AUGAGUCUGCAGAUUCCGGUGAGAUCAGGCGCCCUCCGCCGCCGCCUCCUUCUAGGUGGCGCUGGGGGGCUCCAGCGCCUCUACUCCACCGGUGACCGGCGCCGGCGGGUGAUCCGCGAGGCACGGCAGGAGGAAGAGGACGAGGCGUUCCUCCGCACCCUCAACUUCGGCGCCGACCCCGGGAACAACCCCCUUCCCCCGCCGCCGAGGCGUGGCAGGGGAUUAUCCGACGCCUCCUCUGGGAAGCAGCAGCAGCAGCAGCCCGAGCGAAGCGCCCAGAAGGUCGUUGGGGAGACGCUGCUGGAGAAGCUUAAACUGGGCGAUGGUCCCUCCGCCGCCGCCGCCGCCGCUACGGGAGGCGGCGAUGAGCGGCGGCAGCCUGAGGAAGAGCCUGCGUCCGCGCAGCCGGUGGAUGUGGACGAGAUCUUCCGAAAGAUGAAGGAGACCGGGCUGAUCCCAAACGCCGUGGCCAUGCUCGACGGGCUGUGCAAGAACGGCCUGGUGCAGGACGCCAUGAAGCUGUUCGGCCUGAUGCGAGAGAAGGGAGCCAUCCCGGAGGUGGUCAUCUACACAGCUGUCGUCGAGGCAUUCUGCAAGGCGGCCAAGCUAGACGACGCUGUGAGGAUUUUCAGGAAGAUGCAAGGGAAUGGAGUCAUCCCAAACGCAUUCAGCUACUGGCUCCUGAUACAGGGGUUGUACAAGGGGGGCAGGCUGGAUGAUGCUGUUGGGUUCUGUGUGGAGAUGUUUGAGGCUGGGCUUGCGCCGAAUGCUGAGACGUUUGUAGGCUUGCUUGAUGCAGUGUGCAAGACAAAAGGGGUGGAUGAUGGUGAAAAGCUUGUGAGGAGCUUCCAGGACAGGAACUUUGCUAUUGAUGAGAAGUCAAUCAGGGAGCACCUGGACAAGAAAGGCCCAUUCUCACCAGUGGUGUGGGAGGUGAUCUUUGGCAAAAGAAAAUCAGGCCGACCUUUCUAA